GGCCUAUCAGACGACGGAACUCUCUCUCGUAUUUCCUUCGCAGAAGCAGUAAUGGCGGAGGGAAAAAGCGCACGAUAGAUCUCCGCCACGUAUCUCAGCACUUUUCGCCUCCUUCCGAUUUCCCAAUCAGAAAUAGAAAUUUCUCUCUCUCUCUCUCUCAGUAUUUCCUUCCAGAGCAAGUAGUGGCGGAGGGAAACAGCGUACGAUAGCCAGAUCUCUGGCACGAAUCCCGACACUCCCCGUCUCCCUCCCUUUUUCCAAUCCGAAAGAGAAAUCUCUCUCUCUCUCUCUCUCUCUCUCUCUCUCUCUCUCUCUCUCUGCAAAAUGCAGAAAACUGCGCAAUCUUGGUUUGUGGGUGGGCCCAGCAUCAGCAUCAGCGAUGAGAAACCUCCAUCUCUGCUGGCCGACUGGAAUUCAUACGCCGCUUCCAAAGCAACAGCCUCCGAUGAUGACGGAUCAUCGUCGAGCAUAGGGUUUGAUAUCGAAGCUGCCGUCCGCACUGCCAACGACAAGGUUUCCGGAACUUUCAGGACGGUUUCAAAAGGAGUUUGGGGACUACCAGGCAACUUCCAGUCAGCUACUAGCAGUGUUCCUUCUGCAAAAUCUCUCAUGUACUUUGGGCUGUUCCUGGCAGCCGGAAUUUUCUUCAUUUUCAUCGCAUUCACCAUGUUCCUUCCAGUUAUGGUGCUGAUGCCUCAAAAAUUUGCUCUUUGUUUCACCGUCGGUUGUGCCUUUAUCGUAGGAUCGUUCUUCGCACUCAAAGGCUCGAAGAAUCAGCUUUUGCACAUGUUCUCAAGAGAGAGGCUUCCGUUCACCGUGGGAUUUAUUGGCAGCAUGGUGGGUACCAUAUAUGUGUCAAUGGUGCUUCACAGCUACGUUCUCUCUGUUUUCUUCUCUGUUUUACAGGUCCUCGCACUUUCAUACUAUGCAAUCUCGUACUUCCCUGGCGGAUCUGCUGGUCUGAAGUUCCUUUCUUCAACUUUUACAUCUUCAAUACUGAGAUGCUUUGGCAGGUGACGUUGACAUUUUUUCUUCUUUUCUUUCUAUCCAUCCUUCCUUUUUUUAAUUUUUUUAUUCCUUGAGGUGCCCCAUUUGUAAUAUUAAAAUGCUUUGAGAAUACACUGCUUUAGCAGUGGCCGUCUUAAUCAUUUUUU